CCAAUCAAGACAAUGUCCAAUUACAUGUGAUGGGCUUAGAGAAAGCCCAAUUUAUGCAGCGAAAAUUCUCACUGGCUCUCUCAAAGGCGCCGUUCCUUCGCAAUCCAAGAACUGCAAAAAUUUUUCUAACCCCAAAUCAAUGGAACACGAAGAAGAAGAAACCAAAAAAUGGGCAUGCAGAAGAUGCGGCCACGUCGGCCUAGAUGAAUCCGACGGCUUCUAUUACUGCCAGGAGUGCGGUGCCCAGGCCGACGACAUCAUCUUGACCGGCGUCGCCGACGAGGACUUCAUCGACAAGGCCGGCGACGGUGGUGCCCUCUACAGCGCCCGCUACACCCGCCAUUCCCAGCGCACCAGCACCAUCAAAGCCGACCCAUCUUCCCAAGCCUGGUUCCGCUACACCCAAGAGGAAGACGAUAUAAACGCUACAAACGUCAAGGUCAAGAGAGAGGAGCACGAUGAUUACUAUUAUAGCAAUCAGUAUAUGGACGGGUUGGGACCCAUGGAGCCUGAGGAUUUCGGGUCGGGUGCGAUCAGGAAGUUGAGCUACGAGGAUUAUUACAACGAGGUGAGGAUUAGGUAUGUGAUGGGGAUGCAGUGGAUGAUUCAGUUGCAGUGUGAGGCUCUGGUCGACAAGUUUAAUGCGAGCCCUUUGAUCUGUGGGGUGGCUGGGACUGUGUGGUUAAGGUACUUGGCUGGAACUGGGGUUUUUAAGGAUGCCUGGGCCGAUGAAGUGUUGCUGGAAUCCGAGACAAAAACACUAGGAAAACCAGAACACUCGAAAAUUCAUUCCCGUCACAGAAAUGAACCUCACAAUACAUAUGGUCAGCGUGCAGUGAUGAUAUGGUUUAAGCAUUUGAGGAAGAAAAUACCAUUAUAUUGUUCACUGGCUAUUUCAUUUUUGGCUUGUCAUGUUGCUAGGGAAGCAAUUUUGCCAACAGACAUAAUGAAGUGGUCAAUUGAAGGAAAACUUCCAUAUUUUGUUGCUCAUGUUGAAAUUGAAAAGCGCCUUGAGCGUUCUUCACCAGCUUGUCCCAUCAGUUCAACCUUAAUGUUUAGGCCUUCUCAAACAGUUCCGAUACAGAAGUUGGAAUCAAUGGCAGCGACCAUUGCUGAGUCCAUAGGCUUGCAUUUACCUCCAGUGAACUUCUAUGAAAUAGCUUCUUGCUAUCUCAAGAAGCUGUCUCUUCCAGUCGAUAAGAUUCUUCCACAGGCAUGCCGCAUAUAUGAGUGGUCAAUGCCCCCAGAUUUAUGGUUAUCAACAAAUGAGCUGAGGCUUCCUACAGGUGUCUGUGUAAUGUCAAUACUGAUUGUAACUAUAAGAAUUCUGUAUAACUUGAAUGGUUUUGGAGCAUGGGAAAGAAGUUUGUCUAGUAGCAAUUGCUCUACUUCCAGUUCUCAUUAUGGAGGUAGAUUAGACUCCACAUUUAGUUCUGAAAUACAGGAAGAUGCUGAAAAAGUUUCUGGUUGUCCCCUGCACAUGGUGAAUAAUUCGGGUGAAAAAAUCAUGAGAAAUCCAUCAUGCCUUCAGAAGUCUGAGUUGGAUUCUGCAGAGCUGUUGCACCACCUAGAAGCAUCAUAUGAUGAGAUUGGUGAUACCUAUGAAUUUACAAAGGAUUUACCAUCAUAUCUCCAAUACUGUAAGGAUGUGGUAUUUGCUGGAGCAGGACCAUCACAUAUGGAUCAUCUUGAGGAAGAGAAGUUAAUAGAAAAGUUAUGGGAUUUCUAUAAGAAUGAAAAGGAUUCUGAGCUGGCAGAAGAGCAUGAGGUCCAAAGUAGUAGUGGCUUUAACCAGAAGAGAUCAAGGAAUGAUGAUGAAUGUGUCAAAAGUCAGUCAGAAAAGAAGAAAAUUAGAGAAGGAUGGUAUGAUUGUCCAUCUGCUGAUACCAGCACUGUCGAUUCUGAUGGUAGUCCACAGCAGAGUCAUGAUAAUGAUCGUUUCUCCAAUAAUUCAGAGGGAGAUCAAAAUCUGGAACACAGAAGUGAAAAUUCAGAAGAGACACUCAAAGACACGGCCAUUAAACGGUUGAAAUUAGACAUGGAGGAGAAUAGGUUCUAUUACAUUCCACCAAGAGUCAACCUCAGGAGAUUUGAUUACCUUCAUUAUGCAAGGAAGAAAGAUGAUGGUGCCUUUACGUAUGUUGCCCAUGCAGAUUAUUACAUUUUGCUUCGCUCUUGUGCUAGGGUGACUCAGGUUGAUAUCCGAAUUAUGCAUAUUGGGGUAUUGAGUUUUGAGAGGAGACUGGCUUGGUUGGAAAAAAGAAUUGACCACUGUUUGCAUUUGACGCCUUCUAGCAUUACUUGCGAGUUCUGCAGAGACGUGCCUGAUCAUUCUAAGGAUGAUCUAACUGGACUUUCAAAUUUGAAUUUGUGAACUGCAUCAUUCAUCGUCAUCAUAAUUAUCAUAUUUUUUUGGCUGAGGCCCUUGAUACUGCGUUGUGUGUGCCCUACUGCUAUUUUCGGUCAAAGAAAGGUUCACACACAACAAAAACAUGUCUUUUCCAAGGUUUGUUAGAUGUUAAUAUGUAUAGUGGUUCUGGAUAACUUUCACAUCCCUAGUUGUCUAUGGAUUUAUGUGAAGGUGAGGCUUCCGUGGAGGUGAAUGAACGGAACUGUUUUGCAUAGCUGGUUAAUUUGACUCCAAAGUUGGUUCCCAGGGCUUUCUAUAAA